GUUUUUUUUACAAUUUUACAAAAGAUAAAAUUGAUCUUUGCUUCCUAUAAAUUUUCUUUUUUAUCAGUAUCUUUGUUUUGGAUAUUACCAGCAUUCUGUCUCAAUGGAGGCUGAAGAUGAAGGACUCAUCGCAAGAUUUUAUUGUGAAAGUUACUAAGGAACGCUGUCUUACCUCCUGAUUUUGAACUAGCCAUUCAGGUUUGUUGGGUUUCCAGAGAGGAUCGACUGAGCAAGAAGAAGGUAAAAUAAAUUUUCAACAGAGUAAUAAUGAUGACUGUAAACUGAUUAUUCACCCACCAGACGCUUUUAAGUCAAAAGGAAACCCGAUAAUGUAAAAAUUACACUUCCUGUUCCGGAAGUGUGAAGGCAGAGAAGUCAUCUAAGCUUCUGCUUUUCUCUUAUCCAGCGGGCUUCCUGCGCUGUUUUUUUUUUCCCGAGAUGCAAACUAAAAACUUUAAUGAGCGUUUCAGAGUGAUUAAAGAUGUCACUCCUGUUGUCACCAGUGGAGCUCUCGUAGUGGCCCUUUUCUCCUGCGUUUUGUUUGGCAUCCGAACCUAUCUCAGCCUGCCUGAGGAGAGCCUCAGCAUCGGAGCAACAGUUUUCCACAGCGGCCACAUCCACCGCCUCUUUCUGUUCCCCUUUCACCACCGAAGCCUCCCUCAGCUCCUGCUGAGCAUCACUGCUCUGCUGUUUCUGACUGGCAGUGUGGAGAAAGGCUUCGGCACGGUUCGCUUCCUGUUCAUCUUCCUCCUGCUCGCCUCCACUACUGGUGUGAUUUACAGUUUCUUGGAUCUUCUGCAGGAUGCCAGCCAGCACACAGAGGGUCUGCUCCCAGUGGUCUUGGCCUGUGUGGCCCUGACCACCUUACACACCAAGAUGACCAAAGGGUUUCUCUGUGGGGUCAGUUUUCCUGCAGUUGCCCUCCCCUGGGUGCUCCUCAUCAUCUGCACGGCCCUCAUCCCUGGCAGUGUGCUUCUCUGCAAUGUUAUUGCCAUACUGAUCGGCUGGGUGCAUGGCAAAGGCUGGCUGUCUCCUGUGGACAUGUCUGAGUCCAGGGCUGCAGUUCUGGAGAAGACUCCGCUGUUUAAGUUGCUGAGGAGCAUCAGCGGUGUCAUGUUCAUCCCUGCGUCCUCGCAGGAGAGGAGGAAGACCCUGCUUCCACAAAUAAAUCCCACUCCUGGAUCGUACCCGGUUCAAGCUUAUGCACCGCUGCCCAGCACUACCACCACUCACACCCCAGCUACAAUCUAUGAGGGCUGGCCACACUCAGCCAGCUUGACACCACCUCAACAUCCUCAUGGACACAUUUCAUCAAACAGUGUUGGACACAAUCAUGGACAUUUCUCAGAUCAAAUUGUGGGACAUAGUUGUAACCAUGGCCACAGUCAUAGUCAUGGACCUACGCAGUAGUUGUGUUUUUUUUUAUUUGAUUGCUUAACGAGUCCUCUCACGUCUUGUGUUUCAUUCUUAGAUGUUACAGCAUCCAAAGUGAAGGACUUGGUAAAUAUGGUUAUGAUUUUAAUAUUUUAUGCCUUUUUUAAAUGUGGCGUUUCUUUGUAAAAAAAAAAAAAAAAAUGUUUUUUUUUGUUUUAUAACUUUUUAUACUUCCAGUAAUAAAUGUAUAUUUCAAAAGGCCUCUAGUUGUAAAUGUGAUCAGAUAGCUAAUUAAAAGUAUUAGGCUGUAAUUACUCACAGCAACGGGGCAGUUAAAUUUAUCAAGGUUUUAAAAUGUCAUGGUUUCAAAACCACUAAAAUUAUCCAUGAAAAUAAAAUAAAAUCUUUUUAGGGAAAUACAAGAGAAAGUGUCAGUGACCAGACUUAUGGGUGGGCAAUAUGGAAUUUCAUCAUGAAAUUUUGUGAUACUACUGUGAAAAUAAUGAUUAAAAAACCUACAUUUUUAGGUCACUAUACCGCAGUGACUGCAUGGCACAGCAUAGCAGCACAAACACAUACUUUUCUUUGAAAUAGGCUUCUUUAGAAUUCCACUUAAAGAAGUGAGAUGCACAUAGUAGCUCCAUUUACCUAUAUUUUUGAAAUUACUGAUACUUAUUGACACUCUUGUGGAAAAAAAAUGAAAAAAUAGUAAAAUCAACAUGUACUGUAGAUCAGUUUUUUAACAAAAUUAAAACUUGUGAAAAAUACAUUUUAUUAGCACUGUAUUAAAAGUAUAGCUGGUAAGCUGCUGUUUUCAAACAGCUGAAAAUCAUUCGCAAUGAAGUACCUACUUCUAUUAUUGUGGGACAAGUUUUUGCCUUUUACAAUGCCUUCCAAAAGGAAAAAAAACUCCCAGAAUUGUGAACUGUUCCUUGGUCUUCCUGAUGCUGUUUAUUCAGUGAUGUUUUCCAACAAGCCUCUAAAACAGAACUGUUUGAGCUCCCCAAAAAAACUUUAAAAGAAAGAAUAUUUGUCCUGUUUAUCUAACGAUGCAUCUAUUUUAUAUAAUGUGAUAUUGUUUAAUAAAAUUAACUCAAAUAAAAGCAUCAAAUUGGAA